AUGGUCCUCGCAGAUCUAGGUCGCAAACUCAAUGCCGCUCUCUCCUCACUCAACAGGGCUCCUGUUGUCGACGAAAAGGUUCUAGAUGCCACCCUCAAAGAGAUCACUGCAGCCUUGCUCGAGUCCGACGUUAACGUCAAACUUGUUGCAUCCUUGCGCUCCAAGGUCAAGGUCAAGGUCAAAGCUUCCCUAGAAUCAGCAGACAAAGCCAAGGAUGUGGCUCGCAAGAAUAUUAUCCAGAAAGCAGUCUUCGACGAACUCGUCCACCUCGUCGACCCUGGAGUAGAACCUUACAAGCCAAAGAAGGGGCAAACCAAUGUUAUCAUGGCUGUCGGUCUCCAGGGUAACGGAAAGACAACCACCUGCACGAAAUUAGCCGUGUACUAUCAAAAGCGAGGUUUCAAGUCAUGUAUUGUCUGCGCGGAUACAUUCCGUGCUGGUGCCUUCGAUCAGACUCGACAAUCCGCUACAAAGGCCAAAGUCGCUUACUUUGGAUCGUACACCGAGACCGACCCAGUUGCAAUUGCUGCUCAGGGUGUUACGAAAUUUAAGAAAGAACGAUUUGAUGUCAUCAUCGUCGACACAUCCGGACGACACAAACAGGAAUCCGAGUUGUUUCAGGAGAUGGUACAGAUUAGUGAGGCCGUCAAUCCUAACAUGACGGUGCUAGUGCUCGAUGCGAGCAUCGGCCAGGCGGCCGAGGCACAAAGUCAGGCCUUCAAGGAGAGUGCUGACUUUGGAGCAAUCAUCGUCACGAAAAUGGAUGGUCAUGCCAAGGGUGGUGGUGCAAUAUCUGCUGUAGCAGCAACGCAAACGCCAAUCAUAUUCUUGGGUGUCGGCGAACACCUUUACGAUCUCGAUAAAUUCUCUCCCCAGCCAUUCAUCUCGAAACUUCUCGGGCUUGGGGACAUGCAGGGACUCAUGGAGCAUAUGCAUGACCUCGCAAUGCAAAAUCCAGAUAAGCAGAAGGACAUGGCGAAGAAGCUCGAGGAAGGAAAGCUCAGCAUACGCGACUGGCGCGAACAAAUUCAAAACGUCAUGAACAUGGGUCCCAUCAGCAAAAUUGCCUCUAUGAUUCCUGGGUUGCCACAGGAACUCCUGGCCGGCUCGGAUGAGGAAGGCUCCCUUCGCAUGAAGCGCAUGAUCUAUAUCACCGAUAGUAUGACCGCUGAAGAACUGGACUCAGAUGGGUCCAUGUUUAUGGAGAUGGCCAAGGAUGGAAAGCCUAUUGGGCUGACAUGGCGUGUCACGAGGGUAGCACGAGGAAGCGGGACGAGUGUACGGGAAGUUGAAGAGCUGCUGUGUCAGUAUCGCAUGAUGGCAAACAUGGCGAAGCAAGCGGGUGGUAAAAACGGAUGGCUGCAAGCCGUGCAGAAAAUGCAGCAAGCUGGUGGUGGUCGUGGGCGUGGCGCUAAUGGUAUGCCAACACCAGCUCAGAUACAAGCUAUGCAGCGUGCUAUGCCUCCUGGGAUGAUGCAGCAAAUGCAACGACAGCUCCGAAGUGGAAAUGGUUUACAGGAUAUGAUGCGAACCAUGAUGCAGGGUCAAGGCGGAGACCAGUUCGACAUGGAAGAGAUGCAGAGAAUGAUGGGCCAGAUGGGUGGCCUCGGUGGUCUUGGAGGACUCGGUGGUCUGCCCGGCAUGGGGAGAGGAGGUGGCAUGCCAAAUAUCGGAGAUAUGAUGAAUAUGAUGGGUAUGGGCGGUGGUGGAAGAUAAUCACAAUGGCGUUGGACUCGAAACCAUGCAUCCAACUGUAUUAUGGCAUUAUAAACCUCACAAUAUCCAAUUAUACGAUGCACUGAAUAACUAUAAGGAGGUACUACUAAUUGAUCACGAUGCAUCCCCUUCGAACCGACAAUAA